AUGGCAAAUAAUUUAAUAAAAGUUAUUGUUGCUGGAGUGCAAGUUGUUGGAAGAGCGUUCACGAGGGCAAUAAGGAAAGAAUUUGCCGCUAGUCAGCAGGCAGCUGAAAAGGCAGGAGGGGGUGAAAAAGGGACUAAAUCCGCUGUCGCGACGGGAUUCCAUGGAAUAUCAUUAGACGAAGCGAAAAAAAUAUUAAACAUUGACAAUAUACAGGACUCUGAAAAUGUUAUAAAAAGUUAUGACCAUUUGAUGAAAGUGAACGAUAAAUCAGAGGGUGGUUCUUUUUAUCUUCAAUCUAAAGUAUUUCGGGCAAAAGAACGGAUAGAUGCUGAACUUGGCCAUGAAAAUGAAACUAAAUCUGAACCAAAAUCAGACUCUGAAACAAAAACGUGA